AUGCUGCCGCCGGUGUGUCCGCUGCUGCUGCUGCUGCUGCUGCUGCUGGGCGAUCCCGGUGCCGCGGCGCCCCCGCCGGAUUCCCUUUCCCAGCUGGCCGCUCCUCAACAUGUGAAGAUUCACCUGUAUAACGCCAAGCAGGUUCUGCGUUGGGACCCGUCCUUCCCCAGCAAUGACUCACGACCCGUGGUCUACCGGGUGCAGUAUAAAUACACCAUUGGUCAAUGGCAUGAUGUCACGCUCGAGCACCCAGGGGUGAACUGUACAAAAAUCACAGCAACCAUAUGUGACUUCACGGCUGGCCCCUCAAAGGGCUUCUUACCACACUUCAAUGUUUCCUUACAAGUUCGAGCUGAGCUGGGAGAACUCACUUCUUCCUGGGUGACAGUGCCUUGGUUUCAACACUAUCGUAAUGUUUCUGUUGGGCCUCCAAGAAGCAUCUCCGUGACUCCAGGAAAAGGAUCCCUUAUCAUCUACCUCUCCCCUCCCUUCGACAUCUUUAACUCCAAGGCCAAUUUUUUGUAUUAUGUCCAUUACUGGGAAAAAACAGGAACCCAACAGGUCAAAGGGCCCUUCAGGAACAACUCCAUUGUGUUGGACAAUUUGAAGCCAUUCACAGUCUACUGUUUACAAGUCAAGGCACAACUGUUGUGGAGACAAGAAAAUCUCUCUAGACCCGGGAAUUUAAGCGACACGUCUUGCUACAAGACAAUAGCAGAUGCUUCCACCAAGCUGCAACGAGACAUCAUGAUCUCCUUGGGAACCUUUUCAGCGCUGCUGGUACUGGCGGGGAGCUGUUUCUUUCUGUUCCAGAAGUACAGAGGCCUAGUGAAAUACUGGUUCCACACUCCCCCAAGCAUCCCAGUAAAAAUAGAAGAGUAUUUAAAGGAUCCAGCUCAACCCAUCUUGGAAGCCUUGGACAAGGACAGCUCACCAAAGGACGAUGCCUGGGACUCUGUGUCCAUCAUUUCCUUCCCAGAAGAGGAACAAGAAGAUGUGCUACAAACACUGUGAACCAAAGCACUGGCCCCUGCUCAACCCCGGACAAGGGCAUUGAGAGCGCAGCUGCUCACAUUUUGCCUGGACCCCACAGAAACCACCAGCACCCCAAACUGUUGCCUCAAGGAGGACUUCCAGUGUCAGGUGUCUCAGGAGGAAGACUGCUUAGUUUUGUUUUUUUUUUUUCUUAAACUAAAAUUUUUCAGAAUCAUGUAAGUUUCUAGAAUGAUUCUACAGAAAUACCGCAGAAAAAAUUAAGGUUUCUCUUCAACACUAAAAAGGCUAUGGCACACCUAUGGUGUUUUCUUAGUUGUUGGCUGGCCCAGUUGCCAGGAAAAGGGUCCUUGCCUUAACUUUGGGGAGUUAAGUGUCCUGGUUGCCAUCCCUACCUGCUACAGUAAGGGGACUUUAGCGCCCCCUUGUGUCCAGUCUGAUGACUUAGCUAUGGCUGAUGCCAGGCUGAAGUAGCUCAGUGUUUGCCUAGUGUGCACAAGGUUCUGGGUUCUAGCCCCAGCAUUACAAAGUGAUUUCAGCCUCUAAAGCUUUUUUUUUUUUUUUUAUCU